AUGCCAGUGGAGGGAACAAACCCUCUCAUAAACGCCCGAGAUAGGUUAUUCCGCGCCCUGUUUUUCAAAAUGGCGCUCAUGUAUGCCCGUUCUUUUCCUCCGCCUGUUCGACUGCUUUUGGAGAUGGGAGUGCUCAUGAAGCAAUCGGCAUUUGAUAUUGAUUGUCUGAAUCAACUGAUUUCUUUUAGCGAUUUUUAUCAACCAUGCCUGGUUUAUAUCUACACGACUAAUUUACCACCAAGAUGUGUCACUACUCUGUCACAGCAACUGACUUCAAGUUUGAUUUGUUUCUCAGAUCAUUUGUUUAAAUGCAAGCUGACAGCCAUGCGUUCUCUGCAGUACUGCUGUUUAUUGAUUCCAGUUAAGAACAGAGAACUGCUGCAAAUGCUGUUGAAAUUUAUGGUUAAGCUGAUGGACAAUCAUGUGAUAUCCUUAAGUGAUGAAUUACCCACCAAAGAAAUGCUUAUCCAGUCCUUUAGUCGUGCAAUAUUUGGUGUUUCUUCGGACAUGGAUGCAAUUAGGCUUGUUUACUUUAUGAUGGAAACGUUUCCUGAAUUUUUCAAGAAUCCUGAAGGACUUCAAUUUCAAGUUGAACAGCGACUCUUAUUCUUGAAGAAUUGUCGAGAAAACAAGUCAGUUAUUGUGCCUCCUGAGGGCCCCGUUGUGUCCUUUUGUGAACGGGUCACGCCACAAGAAUACAAAGAACAAUCUCUAAUUACAUCACAGCGUUCCUUGAAGGACCUUCUCAACAGAAUUGUCGAUGAUGAGAGUUUAAACGCGAAAGACAAGAAAAAACAACUGAAACAGUUUGAGAAGUCUUAUCCUGAUAUCUAUCAAGCAAAGUUUCCAGGAGACAACUUAUCAACCUGUUCACAGAGGUCACAGAGAUCAGAGAAACUUAGACAAGUUAUGAAGCCGCUGGCUAUACUUAAGAACUUGCGAUAACAGAACUCUCUUGAAGGACCAAACUUGGUGGUGUCUUAUGGCCAUUUGCUGGACUUCUUCCUGUUUAUUACUUUUAACAAGACCAAGUAAUUUGGAGUAUCUGUUGUAUCCGGUGAUCCCUGUGGUACAACCGUUCAUUGUUAGUCCCUUCCGAGAAGGGUUUUAUUUUUUCCUCGUCGCGCAAAAUGAAAAGGCCUAGACUUACAUACGAGAUUGUUUUAUUAUAUUUUUUAUAUCAUAUAUAGCAUUUUAAAGCUUUCAUAUUUUAGGAAUAAUGUUUUAAUCAAUUGACUGAUCGAGAUUAACUAUUAUAUAUACUAUUUCUGAGAGAACUGUCAUCAGAUCGAAGCCGAGAGAUCAAUCGUAGCCGGAAUGUUUCCUUUUUGUGGGAUUUUAUACUUUUUUUUUUCAAGUUUUCUUAGCCAAAAUUUCAACCUCCCCCUCAGGUCGGGAGUAAGAAAACGGAAAAGAGAGAUGAAAUCUUGUGUUUAUUUGGGUUCUGUAAUUAGGACCGUACCUGUAGUACUCAUCGUCAUAAUAUAUUCAUUUAUUCGAUAUCAGUGGAAAACAGAGCUGAAAAUGAAUCGA